CCGGGGCGGUGCCGGGGGGGCGGUCGGAGCCGGCGGUGGGAGCCGCGUCGCGGGGCGCGGAGGCAGCGCGGCCGCCAUGGGCAACGCGGGCAGCGUGGAGGGGCCGCAGGCGGAGCUGCGGCCGCACGGCGCCCCGCUCAAGCUGCCCAUGCCCGACCCCGCCGAGCUGGAGGAGCGCUUCGCCGCCGUGCUGAAUGCGAUGAACUUGCCGCCUGACAAAGCCCGGCUACUGCGACAGUACGACAAUGAGAAGAAGUGGGAGCUUAUCUGUGACCAGGAACGAUUCCAAGUGAAGAAUCCUCCCCACACGUACAUCCAGAAGUUGAAGGGCUAUUUGGACCCAGCGGUUACCAGGAAGAAAUUCAGAAGACGAGUCCAAGAGUCUACUCAAGUGCUCCGAGAACUGGAAAUUUCUUUAAGAACAAAUCACAUUGGAUGGGUCAGGGAGUUCCUGAACGAAGACAACAAAGGCCUGGAUGUUCUGGUGGAGUACUUGUCGUUUGCACAGUACGCAGUCACGUUUGACUUUGAAAGCUUGGAGAACAAUGUGGAAAACUCAAUGGACAAGUCCAAACCUUGGAGCCGAUCUAUUGAGGACCUGCACAGAGGCAGUAAUUUACCCUCACCGGUCGGCAACAGCAUCUCCCGCUCCGGCAGACACUCAACCUUACGGUAUAACACCUUGCCAAGCCGGAGAACACUAAAAAAUUCCAGAUUAGUGAGUAAAAAAGACGAUGUUCACGUCUGCAUCAUGUGUUUACGGGCCAUAAUGAAUUACCAGUACGGAUUCAAUAUGGUCAUGUCGCACCCCCAUGCCGUUAAUGAAAUUGCACUAAGUUUGAACAACAAGAACCCCAGGACAAAGGCCCUUGUCUUAGAACUUCUAGCAGCGGUUUGCCUCGUCCGAGGAGGGCAUGAGAUCAUUUUAUCUGCAUUUGAUAACUUCAAGGAGGUGUGUGGAGAGAAACAGCGCUUCGAGAAGCUAAUGGAGCACUUCCGAAAUGAAGACAACAACAUAGACUUCAUGGUGGCCUGCAUGCAGUUCAUCAACAUCGUCGUCCACUCGGUGGAGGACAUGAACUUCAGAGUCCACCUACAGUACGAGUUUACAAAGCUCGGCCUGGAUGAGUACCUGGACAAACUGAAACACACGGAGAGCGACAAACUGCAGGUGCAGAUCCAAGCUUACCUGGAUAACGUUUUUGACGUGGGAGCUUUACUGGAGGACGCUGAAACCAAGAAUGCAGCCCUGGAAAGAGUUGAAGAACUGGAAGAAAACAUUUCCCAUUUAUCAGAAAAACUCCAAGAUACAGAGAACGAAGCCAUGGCAAAGAUUGUGGAACUGGAAAAACAACUUAUGCAAAGAAACAAAGAACUGGACGUGAUUCGGGAAAUCUACAAAGAUGCCAAUACCCAGGUUCACACCUUGAGAAAAAUGGUGAAGGAGAAAGAAGAAGCCAUCCAGCGACAGUCAACGCUGGAGAAAAAGAUCCAUGAACUGGAGAAACAGGGAACCAUCAAGAUCCAGAAGAAAGGUGAUGGUGACAUCUCUAUUCUUCCCGUUGCUCUGGCCUCUGGGAUGGUACCGGCAGGGUUGGAAGCUGUGAGUGGCACUGGUGUCUCAUCGGUCGCUGGAGCUGCAUCUUCGGUACCGUUGCCACCACCUCCACCACCAUUACCUGUCUUAGCAGCAGCAUCUGAGGCAGUCCAAAAUGGUCCUGUGUCGGUGCCGAUGCCACCUCCGCCACCCCCUCCACCACCACCUCCACCACCACCGCCGCCUCCUCUCCCAGAUCCGGCUUUGGAGACGGCGCCUGCGGCUCCGCUGCCUCCUCCACCGCCACCGUCGGCACCUCCCCUGCCCGGGACGGCUUCUCCCACUGUCGUGUUCAACUCAGGGCUUGCAGACGGGCCAAUCAAGCUCUUCUCUGUGAAAAUCAAGAAGCCGAUCAAGACCAAGUUCCGCAUGCCGGUGUUCAACUGGGUCGCCCUCAAACCCAACCAGAUCAACGGGACGGUCUUCAACGAAAUCGAUGAUGAGAGGAUCCUGGAGGAUUUAAAUGUGGAUGAAUUUGAAGAAAUAUUCAAAACAAAAGCCCAAGGUCCUGCCAUUGAUCUCACUUCAAGCAAGCAAAAGAUAACUCAGAAAGGGUCAAACAAAGUCACGUUAUUGGAUGCCAACAGGGCCAAAAAUCUUGCCAUCACUUUAAGAAAAGCUGGGAAGACGGCAGAUGAGAUCUGCAAAGCGAUUCACGUGUUUGACCUAAAAACGUUGCCGGUGGAUUUUGUUGAAUGCCUCAUGCGGUUCCUGCCCACCGAGAACGAAGUGAAGGUUCUGCGGCUCUACGAGCGGGAGAGGAAACCCAUCGAGAACCUGUCGGAUGAAGACCGGUUCAUGAUGCAGUUCAGCAAGAUCGAGAGGCUGAUGCAGAAGAUGACCAUCAUGGCUUUCAUAGGCAACUUUGCAGAAAGCAUCCAGAUGUUGACCCCGCAACUUCACGCAAUAAUAGCCGCGUCUGUAUCAAUAAAGUCAUCUCAAAAGCUUAAGAAAAUACUGGAGAUAAUCUUGGCUCUUGGAAACUACAUGAACAGCAGCAAACGAGGAGCUGUGUAUGGAUUCAAGCUACAGAGUUUAGACCUGCUCCUGGAGACAAAGUCAACAGACCGAAAACAGACUCUGCUGCAUUAUAUUUCUAAUGUGGUCAAGGAGAAGUACCACCACGUAUCUCUCUUCUACAACGAACUUCAUUAUGUGGAGAAAGCUGCUGCAGUGUCUCUUGAAAACGUCCUCUUGGAUGUGAAGGAGCUGCAGAGAGGGCUGGAUCUGACGAAGCGCGAGUACACCAUGCAUGACCACAACACGAUGCUGAAGGAGUUCAUUCAGAACAAUGAAGGGAAGCUAAAGAAACUGCAGGAUGAUGCCAAAAUAGCCCAGGAUGCCUUUGAUGAUGCCGUGAAGUACUUUGGGGAGAAUCCCAAGACGACGCCCCCCUCAGUCUUUUUCCCGGUGUUUGUCCGGUUUGUGAAGGCCUACAAGCAAGCAGAAGAAGAGAACGAGUUGAGGAAAAAACAGGAACAGGCCUUAAUGGAAAAACUUAUGGAGCAAGAAGCAUUGAUGGAGCAGCAAGACCAAAAGUCUCCUUCACACAAAACAAAGCGGCAGCAGCAAGAGCUGAUUGCGGAGCUCAGACGGCGGCAAGUCAAGGACAACAGGCACGUGUACGAAGGGAAGGAUGGUGCUAUUGAAGAUAUCAUAACAGCCCUAAAGAAGAAUAAUAUCACUAAAUUUCCAAAUGUUCACUCGAGGGUAAGGAUUUCUUCUAGCACACCGGUGGUGGAGGAUACACAGAGCUGGCAAGCAUCACUUUUUACUUAGCUUCCUCCUCUCUCUGUAUGCCAGGCAGCCUCUCGGUAGAUGUGGCUAAGCGUAAUACUGGUGAGAGCCAAAAUGAGGCUGGAAAUGGUUAUUUUCACCCUCCGUGGUGCAGGGGAUCCUUAGGCCAUGGGCUGGUAACCGUCUUCACGCUCCCUCCACUUUGGCCCUCUCUCUUCCAAGUCAAGUGGGAGUGUCCCUGCCCGUGGCAGGGGUGGAAUUGGAUGGGCUUUAAAGUGCCUUCCAAACCAAACCAUUCUAUGAUAGGCAGCCUUAUUCCCAGGUUUUUUAAGCCCUGUGGCUUCCUGGAUGUUCUGCUGCUCUGGUCUCAGUCCUGCUACAGCCACUGAACAGGACAUGGGGUGCACCAAAAGGUGAGAAGUUUGGGAGUUCUAUUCAAGCCAAGAUAGAAGUCAGCCAGGAAACUGGAAGGAGGGUUUGCCCAAUCCAAUGCAAAUUUGAUUUCCAGGCGAGGAAUAUUUUAACUUGAAGUAGGCUUUAGGUGCACCAAAUGUGCUCGUUUUGUCAUCGCUGCACGUGUAACAGCACAUGUAACACCGGCUUUCAUCAACAUGGCCAUCUCCAGCUUUCUCCACUGUUCCAUCCACCGCGUGCUCAGUGUUCCCUCCUCUUCACAUCCCAGCAGCAGCGGCAGGGCCGGGCGUUGAGGAGGAAGGGGUUGGUGGCCACUCCGCUACCUUCACCUACUGAAGCAUCUUUUUAAGCCGCUUGCAGCGUUCCAGCUGCUUUAUCUCAGGGCACCCUCUUUUAGAUAACGGGUACGUAGGGAUGGUAGACCCAUCCUUGCGUUGACAAACACUUCCACCGUGGUACCCUGGCUGGCACGUCUUCCAUGAGCUUCAUCCCGCUUUCAAAACCUCCUUCAGCUCAUGCUAGCAUUGGAGAAGCUGCGUGAAAGGCCGAGGUGUACGUCAGGCAAACUGAUUUCAGUUGACAUUGCCUUUCUGACCAACGUUGAUGACCACGAGCGGCCCAUGGGUGGGGAGACAUUCAGACUAACCUGAUGGCACAACUCCAUUGAGUCUCACCAGCAUUCCAGCGCGUUCACCAGUAUUACCUGCUGCUUGGGUGCGUAGUAGAGGGCACGGCAGUAUUGGCUCACUUCUGCUCUCGUUGGGUUCAAGUCCCUUCUCCUAUCCCUACACAAGCUGCUUUGAUUGGCUUCCAGCAGGACUUUUCCUUGUCUCGGCUGCGUGUGUGUGCGUGCAUGCGCGUGGGCGAGCCGUGCGUGCUUACGAACGCCGCUUUCCUCUCCGCAGAUCUUAGAAACCAGCCGUACCGACGGGCCGACGCGGUGAGGAGAAGCGUCAGGCGGCGCUUUGAUGAUCAGAACUUGCGCUCCGCAAACGGUGCUGAGAUAACCAUGUGAGCUGGAGCCUGCGGGUGCCCAGGAGAGGGGGGCUUGCGGGAUACCUUGUCCGUGGGAACUCUGUGCACUGCCACUCACUUACAGCCUUGGGAACAGUAAAAUUCACCUUCGAAAGGGCUCAAAGACCUAGAAAACGCAUAGGAACGCCAGCGUCUCCACUCAACCGUAGCUAACAAGUGCCUAAAAUUGAAGUACCUGCUCAAAUUAAUCGAAGCAAUAGGACUUGAUUUGAUUGGGUAUCUUUUUACACCAAUACAUGAUUCAGUGUUUUUAACCAAAAUGUAAAGUACGUGUUGUUUUUGGGUGUUCACUUUGGUUUGGUGAUCUAAAAGUUCAGCGAAUGGUCUCGUGUGGACCUGACCCGCAUCCCGGCUGGUUGUGACCAGGGAAAACUUGGACGUGCUCUGCUUUUAAAUGCACCCCUGUGCCGGCUGCCGAGGGGCGAACCCCGGCGCUGGCUGCACUUACUGGCUUUUGGGUUUGUUUUGUAAAAAGUAAGACUUUUAAGGGCUUUCUCUCUGUGAUACGGACAGAAUUCCAAGAAGAAGCCGGUCCUUUUUCCCACCAUGGGAGCUGGGCCACGCGCAUCGGCGAUCACGUGGUGCGCGGCAGGCGGACACGAGUCUCACCGGGAGGUUGUGUUGCGCGAGGCAGGGCUGCGGCACGGGGUGCAGGGGGACACGGGCAGGUUGGGAGCAGUGCGAAGGGAUGGUCAGCAGCUGGAAUAAUGAUGUAUUUAUCAAUUAGCACUAAGGUAUUAACAUCUACAGUCAGUAUUGGGACCGCAGCGGUUCUUACUUGUGCAGAGAAGCAUCCCGUGCCCUGCUCUGUGGGAUGAACGCCCGCUCCGGCUGAAGGAUCCGUGGACAAUCCAGUUCAGCUUCCCUGCGAAGGAUAUUCCAUUGGCGAAUGGAAGCACAGCCUAAACCCCCCUCCAGGUUCCAGGUGAUGCGUUGUGUUUUUAAAUCUCCAGAAGGGAACAGAGCCUUUAGCACCGUCGCACACCCCGGCGGCCUCUGCACACCCCGAGCAGCGAGACGGCGCCGGAUUCCUGCCGGAAGGGUACGAGAUCUUCUCUGAGGGGAGGAACUGGGCUGAAGAGAGAAGGUUGUGCUUUCCAAGACCCAUUUUGCUUCCAGCUUAACCUGUCCUGGCCUCACUGCAUCCAUGUGUUAAUUGUAAAAUUUCUUGUAUAGUAUUUAACCACUGAAUUCCUUUUUCCUUUACGUUGUGCUUACGUGAACCACUGGUGAAGGUCCCGUUUUAUUCCUCGGAUAAUGUGUAGUUAUAUGAGAAUCUGUUUUUAAAUGUACAGAUAUUUUGCUACAAAAUCGGUGCCGUUUUUUUAUGGUUUUUACACUUCUCUUCGAUUCCCACUUUCGCCUCUGGGUAAUAUUGUAAAUAGUGUUUAAAAAAGAAAGAAAAAGCAUCAGCCUGUGCUAUACAAUCUGAAUGUUAUUUUAACUUAUAGUUUUUGGUUUUAUAUUUAACUAAAACAGACAGUUUGGGGCUCAACGUUACCACAUUGACCUCCGCUUUACCUAUUUACAGGGCGGUUACUGUAAAACCGCCACCUCCUCGCAUUUACAGCCGCGUGCGCUCGCCGUGCUAAAGAGAACGUGCCAACCACCUCUGUCUGCGACAGCCGCAGCGGAGCAGCCUAAUCCGCCUUAGAAAAGGGGACAAUUCAUCUCAUACAUCCUUAGGUAAUGGGUAAAAGCUCCAUCUCUCACAUUCUUAAGCUCUAAGGUAUUUUUUAAUUGAAGAUAAAAUGACCGUACAGCUUGACCAGAGCGCUGGCAUGUUCUCUUUACUGGUUUUCUAGUGCUAGACCUGCUUCCUCGCCGUGUUAGACGUGUUUUAUACAGCAGUUCAUGUUACUUUCCUGGUCUGUUCUGGCCGACGAUCAAAUAAACUAUUUACACUACUACA